AUGCAAGGACUUACGCAGGUAUUGGCCAGCUCUUUCGCGGAUGUUGUCUCUGUGGACCGCUUGCAGCGUAAUGUGGACGGCCUUUUUCAUGUCCAAACCUUGCAGUUGCAGCUUGGGCAUGGGCGAACGACUCUGCUUCUUCGCGAGAAGCUUGCGAUGCCGUCGCGGUCAAGCUCACUUUUGGCCUUGAGGAUUGGAUGCGAUUGGAACAAGACUGACUUGGUAUUUGAUGGAGACGUGUCAGCUGUUGCUUCGUCAAGCUCUGGACUGUACAGUUGUCCGAGUUUGUGGGCAAUUGUGCACUGGCAAAUGUCGAAGAAGCCAGUGUCAGAGGACCUGCUUCUAGUCUGGAUUGAUCCUGGUGGGACUCCUAUGCAGCAUGCUCCGAUCAAGAUUUCAGAGCACUCAGUAUUGGUGUGGCACCGGUACACUGCAACUCAGCCCCUAUCUCCAGGAGAAUGGACAUUGGAGGUGCAGUCUAUGGAACAGGGCAUUCUUGCGCGGCGAACCUUCUUCGUUUACAGAGAACCUUCACAAAUUCCGUGGCACAAGGUGAAGGAGUUCUUUGACGUCCUACCAUCCUAG